AGGGAAACUUACAUUGACCAAAUAAAGGUAUUCUUCCUAUAUAAGCAGUACGAAUCCAUCCCCCAUCCAGCCAUCCUCUUAAUACGGUCUCUGCCUUUCCCUUUCAGCUUAGGUUAGUGAGAAUACUGUCUCUGUUACCUGGGUCGUAAGAGAUGGAUAAUGGAAUGGAGAAAAGAAGAGCAGGAGAGUCUGAAGAAGUCGAUGAGGAGAAAUGGGUUUACGAUUCGUCUGUGGAUCACAAGGGAAGAAUUCCUCUCCGAGCUUCAACUGGUGUUUGGAAAGCUGCUCUGUUUAUUAUAGCCAUUGAGUUCAGUGAGAGGUUGAGCUACUUUGGAAUUGCUACAAAUCUCAUCAUAUACCUCACCAAGGUGCUUCAUCAAGAUCUCGAAACGGCAGCAAAGAACGUAAAUUACUGGUCGGGUGUGACAACCCUGAUGCCUUUGAUAGGAGGAUUCAUCGCAGAUGCGUACAUGGGGAGAUUCUCCACUGUAUUGGUUUCAUCCUUCAUAUAUCUCUUUGGCCUGAUCCUUUUGACAAUGUCGGUUCUCAUACCAAGCUUGAAGGCCUGCAACGCAGAUCCAUGUGGUAAUCCGAAAAGGCUUCAUGAAGUGAUCUUUUUCAUCUCCAUGUACAUGAUCUCUGUGGGAACUGGAGGUCACAAGCCUUCACUCGAGAGCUUUGGAGCUGACCAGUUUGAUGAUGAUCAUUCAGAAGAAAGAAAAAAGAAGAUGUCUUACUUCAAUUGGUGGAACUCUGCUCUUUGCUUCGGUCUCGUUCUCGGUGUAACUCUGAUCGUUUACGUACAAGACAACGUUAGCUGGGCUAGUGCAGAUAUUAUUCUCACUGUGAUCAUGGCGAUUACAAUUGUAGUCUUCUACGUUGGAAGGCCGUUUUACCGAUAUAAGGUGCCCGAAGGGAGCCCCUUAACACCCAUGUUGCAGGUACUUGUAGCAGCCAUAAGCAAGAGAAAUCUUCCUUAUCCUUCCAAUCCUUCUGAAUUGUACGAGAUUCCGAAGUCGGAGAAAACUCAAGGAAGGCUUCUUUUCCAUACCGAUAACCUUAGAUUUCUUGACAAAGCUGCAAUCGUUGAAGAUGGUAACAGGACCACAUUAACUCAGAACCAGCAACCUAAUUCAUGGAAACUAUCCACAGUUACCAAAGUAGAGGAAGUGAAGUUAGUGGUCAACAUGAUCCCAAUUUGGUUGGCCACCUUGACAUUCGGAAUAGGCGUAGCACAGGCCACAACAUUUUUCAUUAAACAAGCAAGUAGCAUGAACAGAAAGAUUGGUCAUGGCUUUGAGAUCCCUCCAGCUUCAAUCUAUUCUGUGGCAGCUAUAGGAAUGAUCGUUUCUGUGACUGUCUAUGAAAAGAUACUGGAACCUGCACUGAGAAAGGCUACAGGCAACGAGAGAGGGAUUAAGAUACUACAGAGGAUCGGCAUCGGAAUGGCGUUUUCGUGUGUAGCCAUGGUUGCUGCCGCCUUGGUUGAGAGGAGGAGGCUAGAAAUUGUACAAGGAGGAACCGGUGGUGGGAUGUCAAUGAGCGUCUUCUGGCUAACCCCGCAGUUCGUGAUUAUUGGCAUAGGAGAUGGGUUUACUCUGGUUGGCUUGCAAGAGUACUUCUAUGACCAAGUUCCUGAUUCUAUGCGAAGUCUUGGAAUAGCAUUCUACCUGAGUGUGAUCGGAGCUGGAAACUUCCUCAGUAGUCUACUGAUAACUGUGGUUGAUAUUUUGACGGAAAAGAAGGGAAGAAGUUGGUUUGCUAAGGAUUUAAACCACAGCCGCUUGGACAAUUUUUACUGGUUGCUUGUAGUCAUGCAAGCAGUGAACUUGUGCGUCUAUGUCUUCAUAGCUAGAAGGUAUUCUUACAAAAACGUAAAGAGAAGGGUGGCUGUCGUUGAUUGUUACGAGGGCGAUGUGUCAGUUUCAGUUUAGACUAUGCAUGAGAUGAGAUGAAAUUUAUUACUACUAAUUGGUGUAGCUGAUCGAUGCAUGGUUACGUUGUCUCUUGCCACUCUCAUCAUGAUCCUACAUGUGUUAGUUAUUGCUAGCUAGGGAUCGAAGACUAGUAUAUAGAUAUAUAGAUAUAUAGAUAUAUAUUGCUUGUCUUUUUUAAUUAGUAGAUAAUUAAUUAAUAUAGAGCUCUUGAAUGAACAGUUAGUUAGAAGCAUUAAUUGUAAUCGUAUUGCAUUAGAUCGAUGUACCAGAAAUUAAAGCAAUGCAAGUUUCUUCUCUUGUGAUCGGC